CGGAAGUCCAUCGGAGCAACCAUGUCGCUCGCAGCUUCUCUGAAUAUUCCCGUCGCUAAAGUCUUCUUCCCCUCGAAUUUGCCGCUUUCUCUUCCCAAUUCCAACAAGCUUUCCUGCAUCUCUCUUCUCAGACCUCCAAAUAGAGCUUCUUCUGUUUCCUCUUCUUCCCAUUCUUCUUAUUCUAUCCAACCAGAUGAGUUAGAAGACUUCGUCAUCGGCGAUUGCGUUAUUUUCGAAGACGGCGUGUUCGACGACCCAUAUGUGUUGGAUGAUUCGAGUGCGAACCAUUCCAGUCCGAGUACAGCGAAGUCUAAGACUAAGAGCAGCGUUGUGGAAAUUAAGCCCGAAAAUUUGGUGCCAGAUGAGUGGAAAGAAGUGCAAGCGGAAAUUAACAUCACCAAGAAAGAGAGGCGGAAGAUUGCUCAGGAAUUGGAGUUUGGUACUCGAGUUGAGAAGAAGAAGAAAGGACUUGUUCCUUUGAGGAGUGUGAAUUUGGAGGAGUAUUUGUCGUAUAAGGAGGCCAAAUUGGCGCAAUUGAAGCCACUUGUUCUUGAUAAUCCGUCUAGUUUUCCGGCGACUGAGGAAGUCAAUAGGGUGGAGGGUGUUAAGGAAGUGAAAGAAGGCGAAAUGAGCAGGUCGAGCGAGCGUGUGGCGCCAAAAAAUCCCAAGUGGGCGGUUUAUGGUAGGGGCUUGGAGGAUGUUUCAGAAUUCUUUAACAGUGGACAAUACCAGCCAACUGAUAGGAAAUCUGAAGGACCUCGCAAGUUAUUUUCAAAAGAGGAAAAGGUUUUGCUGAAUAAAAGGGUGCCUGAUCUUGCUUCUGCUCAUUCUGACAUGUGGUUGCCUCUUCAUACUCUUGCUGGAUCUGGGGAAUUUUACCUUGUGGACGAACUACUGAAAAACAAUGUUGAUAUCAAUGCUGUGGACAAGGUUGGUUUCACAGCUCUGCACAGAGCUGUAAUUGCAAAAAAGCAAGCCAUAACUAAUUAUCUUUUAAGAGAAAGUGCCAAUCCUUUUGUUCGUGAUAAGGAUGGGGCAACAUUGAUGCAUUACGCUGUUCAAACUGCUUCGAGUCAGGCAAUUAAAAUUCUUCUAUUGUAUAAUGUUGAUCUAAACCUUCAGGAUAAAGAUGGGUGGACACCACUGCAUCUUGCUGUUCAGGCUCGCCGAACAGAUGUAGUUAGGCUUUUAUUAAUUAAAGGAGCUGAUAAGACACUAAAAAAUGUGGGAGGUUUAACCCCAUUGGACAUUUGCCUCUAUUCUGGUCAAGACACAAAAACUUAUGAACUAAUAAAGCUGUUGAAACAGCUUCCAAGGCCAAGUAAACUGCCUUCAUGACGGAGAUGAUUACUUGAGCUAACUCUUGCUUAGGCUCUGGAAGAUCACCUAUCAUCGUGUUUGGUAUGCCAUGGUCCAAGUUUUUAUUUGUGAGGCUGUUCAUCUUGGAAACCUAGAUUGGGUAUGCAACAGUAUCAACGUCAGGUUCUUAGAUCAUUCUAUCAGAGCAAAUAGUACUAUGAAAGCAACAUCAUUGCAAACCGAGCUAGAAACAUGUCUCUGUGUGAGCGUUCCAGUCAGAGCAAAUGUAUCCAUAUCAAUGACUGACUAAUGAUAUGGCAUGGGAAGCCCGAUGAGUAUCAUAUUCAUUUUCCUUUUCAUGUUGAAAGUUGUAAUAAGCCUUUCCUUUGUUUUGUAUCUGUUGUAAUUAAUCAAGAUUUUGAAGUGCAUAUACAUAAGUUUUAUUGACA